CUCUAAUCACAAGAGUGAGGUCAUUGUAUACCGCGCUGAGGUGCGAUUCGCUUACGUCGGAGGACGCAGGACAUAUUUCCUAUAAAAAUCUGCCCCGACCCCAUAAGGCCACAGUUUCCACCAGAGCGCGGAGUCGGAAGGACCUCAAGAUGAAGCUGCUACUCGUUCUCGCCGUCACUCUAGCAUUAGCGCUAGCAGAAGAUUUAGAUAUGGAAGAAGAGUCAAUAGAUGAUCUUCAGGCGGCCGCAUCUAUGGACCUCCAAAAAUCUGAACGAAGGAGUCCGCCUUACGUACCGCCGAGACCGUGGAAUAACUAUUACAACCCUCCAUCAAACAAUUACUACAACCCAUCAGCUCCGUCUCUACCACCCGUUGCACCGAACCCGCCUCCUCCUCCUCCACCGGUAUCCCAAGGCGGCUACUUCCCAGUUCAAAACGACCCCCCACAAAACACUUACUACCCACAGAACAACUACAACAACCCAGCGCCCUCCAACACAUGGGACAAUCAAAACUCAUGGAACAAUAAUCAAAAUCAGAACACGUGGAACAACCAACAAAAUACUUGGACUCAAAAGCCUCAGACUCCAGUGAAUAACAACUGGAAUCAACAACAAAAUAAACCUCAAAACCCUGCCACCCAAAGUCCAUGGAAUAAACCCCAGAACACUGGUUCUCAGAACUGGAACAAUGAGAACAAUAAUUGGAACAACUGGAACCAACCAACUACAACUAAACCAUCCACCACAACAACUCCCGUUUCAAUCAUCAAGAACGAACAUACUCUAGGAGAAAAUGGCAGCUACAAAUAUGAAUACGAGAUCGCUGACGGCACGCACGUAGGGGAAUGGGGUUACUUCACGGACCCCAAUACAGAUGCAGAGAGCCUUGUGAAGAAAGGUUUCUACUCAUUCACGGGGUCGGACGGCAAGGUUUACUCCGUUACCUACUGGGCGGACAGCACUGGCUUCCACGCAGUUGGUGACCAUAUACCGACCCCACCACCAAUCCCGGCAGCGAUUCAAGCAUCGAUCGACCAAAACGCCAAAGAGGAAGCAGCAAAAGCUGAAGCAGAAAAGAACAAACAACAGCAACAACAACAGGGUUACUACCCCCAAGGCCAAGAGCCGCCGAAACCGAUAGCGCCGCAACAGCCCGCGCCGACCCAGCCCCAACAACAACCCCAAGUAUCACCGCCACAGUACCCCACAUAUUACCCCCCUCAACAACAACAACAAACUUACUACCCACCAACAGAUUACUACCCCCCACAAGCUGGAUACGGGCGUCGCCGAUAACUUUCGAAGCAAGACAACUAUUAAGUUAAAGCUACUUUAAACCUUACACGUUAACAGUUAAUGUUAUAUUUCUGCAUAUGUCUGUUAUUGUGAAUAAAGUAACUUUAGCCUUAGGGAGAAAAAACGACAAAUAGCAUUUAAUAAAUUACCUCACCAUAAAAUAUUCCUCAGUUACUUCAGUGAUCUUGAUCACGAUUAUAAUUGUGAACCCGAUAACUGAUGGAGGAUAUAAGAAGUUUGUGAUAAAACUCUCGCCAGUGAUAGAUGUGAUGUAUUCGUAAUUAUUUUUAUAAUAAAUUUUUAAGUAAUAC